AUGUCCCGCUCUCUCUCUCGUCUCUCUUCCUUAUCUCGUAUCCAGACACCAGUGUCCGUAAGAGCUUUCAGGACACAUGCAACACCGCGAUAUGUCCUAUCUCGUCGCGUUACCCGACUAGGUCUGGCGUCUGGAGCCGUUCUGGGGGCAUCGCUCCUCCUGGGAGGUCAGGUAUACGCAGAAGCACCACCCUCAGACCCAGAUUCAGAUGCUCAAAGGCAGCCUACCCCUCUAACUUCACUUCUCAGAAGCUAUGCUGUCUACUCCAUGUGUUCAAUCCCCAUGUUGGUCGACUGGUCACCUACCAUCCUUAGCACCCUGAUGUCUAUCCCUGGUAUCAAUCUCAUCACAGAGGCUAUCGUCCGUGCUACCUUCUUCUCGCAAUUCGUCGGAGGCGACACCGCCCACCAGGCAGUCCCUCUCGUUGAGCAGCUCCGCGCAGAGAACAAGGGUACCUUAUUCGCUUACAGCGUAGAGGUUGAUGAGAAAGAGGCCGCAGGGAAAUCACAACACCGCUCCAAGAACCAUCAGCCCGUGCACAAGCGCAUUGUACAGGAGAUGAUCCGAAGCAUCGAAGUCGCCGCAGAAUUCGAAGACAAGUUCACCCAAGGUUCAGGAGCAGAUAGGCGUACUUGGGUUGCUGUCAAGCUCACAGCUUUGUUGCCAGAUGCCCAAGCCCUAAUUAACAUGUCUUCGCAUAUCGUCAACAUGCGCCCCGCUACAUCUCCGCCCGUUGCGUUUCCUGGUACGACCUUGUCCUCGGAUAUGGAUAUUUUACGUCAGAGCUCUAUCCCGGCCGGUUCGCCCGUCACCCAAGAGAACGUUAUCGAACUGAGAGACCUGCACAGCGACCUGGUAAAGAUUUGUACGCGUGCACAAGAGCGAGGGGUCAAGAUCAUCAUCGAUGCAGAACACAGGUAUGUCCUUCCCGCUAUAGACGCAAUCACUCAAGCGCUUAUGGAGCAGUUCAAUAAGCUAGCGCAAGAUAGUUCUAAAUCCGAUUCCAUACAGCCUUUAAUUUACAACACAUACCAGGCAUAUCUUCGUCGUACACCCGAACAUCUCAAAGAGAGUCUACGAAGAGCCAAGGCAGGCAACUACUCUCUCGGCGUAAAGCUCGUGCGCGGAGCAUACCACCCCCACGAAACCCACGCUCACGCCUCCAAAGCCGCCUCCGCAAAGUCCCUCUCCAUCUCUCCUGACCCACACCCACCUGUCUGGUCCACUAAAGCCGAAACGGACAAUUGCUACAAUUCAUGUGCAGAGUUGCUGAUCGACCGCAUCAAGGAUGACAUGACGAGCCAGUCUCGAGGGAAAACGCCGAGUUCACCUGCUCUUGGCGUGCUUUUCGGGACGCAUAACUGGGAUAGUUGUAACCGUAUUCUGGAAGCGCUUGUGAGUCGGGGUUUGGCCGAGAAAGAGAAACGAAAUGGGGAAUCGGAUGAAAUCGUCAGGAUCGGCACCAACGUAACGGAGCGAGUCACAUUAGGGCAGCUGUAUGGAAUGAGCGAUGCUUUGACGAAUUACUUGGUAGAUAAGACGCGGUCCUCGGCGCCUUUCGUUAUUAAAUAUGUGCCAUACGGCGCUUUAGUCGAGGUCAUGCCAUAUUUAAGCCGCAGAGCUAUCGAGAACAAGUCUGUACUGGGUGAUGGAGGCGCCGCUGAUGAGCGGAGAAGAGCAGGCGCAGAGAUCCGCAAGAGACUUUUCGGUUAG